UUUUACCCAGAAGGCAUCGCGAGCCUGGGUAGCUGGAGGGAUGCAGCGGAGGGAGAGACCUCGCGUCGCCCGGGGCGGAGCGGCGCGCCUCGGUCGCGGGGUCGAAGGGAGGCGCGGGCCCGGGUAGAGCCCCGGCCCGAUCCUUGAUUUCCUUCCGUGAGAUCGACUGAGGGGAAAAUGGGCGGGACAGAGCCGAACCGCGCCCUUCGCGCUCAUUUGCAUCCUAUUUGCAUGUCAUUUGCAUGCCCCGUUUGAAAAGUGAGCAGGCCAGAAUUGCAUUAAUUGCAGCUCCGAGCAGCAUGGAAUUUACUCCAGUGGUGGAAAAAGCGAUCAAGCCAAUCGACCAGAGAUCAGUUCAUCAGAUCUGUUCAGGCCAGGUGGUGCUGAAUCUGUCUACUGCCGUGAAAGAGCUGGUGGAAAACAGCCUAGAUGCUGGUGCCACUAAUGUUGAAGUGAAGCUUAAAGAUUAUGGAACAGAUCUUAUUGAAGUCUCUGAUAAUGGCUGCGGUGUAGAAGAGGAAAACUUUGCAGGCUUAACACUGAAGCAUUAUACUUCCAAGAUCCAAGAUUUCUCUGACCUUAUCAAUGUGGAAACGUUUGGUUUUCGAGGUGAAGCUCUGAGUUCCUUGUGUGCGUUAAGCAACGUUUCCGUUGUCACCUGUCACAAGUCUGCCGAUAUCGGGACACGACUGGCGUUUGAUCACAGCGGGAAGAUCACCCGGAGAGUCCCUUUCUCCCGGCCACAGGGGACCACUGUCAGCGUCCAGCAGCUGUUUCAUACUUUGCCAGUUCGACACAAAGAAUUUCAGCGUAACAUAAAGAAGGAGUUUGGAAGAAUGGUUCAGGUAUUGCAAGCGUACUGCAUCAUUUGCACUGGGAUUCGAAUUAACUGCACCAACCAGGUUGGUCAAGGGAAAAAGCAAGCUGUGGUGUGGACCAGCGGAAGCUCUACUUUAAAGGAAAAUAUUGGCGCCAUAUUUGGACAAAAACAGGUACAAACCCUGAUUCCGUUUGCACAGCUGCCUCCGAGCGGAGAAGUCUGUGAAGAAUAUGGCUUGCAUUUUUCUGAUAUGCCCACUAAGCUUUAUACCAUCACAGGAUUUGUUUCCCGUUGCAAUCACGGCGAUGGGAGAAGUGCUGCGGAUAGGCAAUUCUUCUUUAUUAACCAGCGGCCGUGUGAUCCAGGAAAGGUUUCCAAAGUUGUGAAUGAAGUGUAUCAUAUGUAUAAUAAGCACCAAUAUCCAUUUAUUGUUCUUAACAUCCGUGCAGAAUCUGGAUGCGUGGACGUCAACGUGACGCCGGAUAAAAGGCAGAUCUUGCUCCAGGAAGAGAAGCUUCUAUUAGCCAUCCUAAAAACGUCACUGAUGGCCAUGUUUGGCAGGGACGUUAAUAAAUUGGAGGUCAAUCAAAAGCUGAUGGAUGUUGAAGGGAACUUGAAAAGCAUUCUCCAAAACGAGAGAGAAGUGCGUCCCUCGGAAACGUCAUGCAGUUUUUUGCCUCCAAAUCUGGGCGGGAAAGCAAAAAUAGACCUGGCCGUUGCUCGACUGAGGAAAUCCUUUUCUCUUUCUCAAGGGAAGACAUUUGCUUUUCAAGAGGCUGAAAAAGUCAAACAGAAAUGCAGGUCCCCUGACCGGGGAAAACUCCAAAUGUUUGCUGGCAUUUCAGCCUCUCCCUCAAAGAAAACUGCUUCUAACAAGGAGGCUGAAGAUGGAAGCGAGGUCGAUUCAAGGAGAUCCCCGCUUGCAGGCAGGAAGUUGGAGAAAUCAAUUGAAGACAGCGAUUCUGGUUUGGGCAGUGCCUCUGCUGGGUCAGAUGGGAGUUUGAGCACCCCAGAAAUGAGUGCCCAUCUUAGAGCUGAAAGUGCUGUUAGUUCCCCCAGCAAAGAACCCCGUGUUUUUAGAGAAGAAAUUCAGAGCAGCGACUGUGGAUCUAGUGGGGUUUUCUGGCCCUCUGAAUCAAACCAGAGCAAAGGGAAUUUAUCCCCCAAAGCAAAACGUUUUAAGAACAGCCAACCUUGUUCCCCAAAAGCCAGUUCCUCGGAGAUGACGCGUGAGCAGGACUCUGGAGCCCAGCCCUUGUACGACGUCCCAGUGAAAAUAGAAAAGAGAACAGUGCCUCUGACCAUCUCUUGGAGCACCUUGGCAGACCGAAUCCAGAAGCAAAUUAGGCGCCAGGAGACCAAAGGGGAAAUGCUGAAAUUCAGAAAAUUUAGGGCAAAGAUUAGCCCGGAGGAAAGCAAAACGGCGGAGGAUGAGUUAAGAAAGGAAAUAAGUAAAGACAUGUUUGCUAAGAUGGAUAUAGUUGGCCAGUUUAAUCUAGGAUUUAUCAUCACCAAGCUGAAAUCAGACCUCUUCAUCGUUGAUCAGCACGCUUCAGAUGAGAAAUACAACUUUGAGAUGUUACAGGAGCACACGGUCCUGCAGGGGCAGAAGCUGAUCAGGCCUCAAAAUCUUAAUUUAACUGCUGUGAGUAAAAGUGUCUUGAUGGAUAAUCUGGAGAUUUUCCAAAAAAAUGGAUUUGAUUUUGUCGUUGAUGAAAAUGCUCCUGUAACUCAAAGAGUUAAGCUCAUAUCCUUACCAACCAGCAGAAACUGGACUUUUGGUCCUCAAGACAUAGAAGAAUUAAUCUUUAUGUUAAGCGAUUCUCCAGGAAUCAUGUGCAGGCCAUCCAGAGUAAGGCAAAUGUUUGCUUCUCGGGCGUGUCGGAAAUCCGUGAUGAUUGGAACCCCACUCACUGCCAGUGAAAUGAAGAAAUUGAUCGUUCACAUGGGUGAAAUCGAGCACCCUUGGAAUUGUCCGCAUGGCAGACCCACAAUACGACAUUUGGUCAACCUGGACCUCAUUACUCAAGAGUGACAGGCAGUUCAUGCUGUAUUAGCACUUCUUUAUCAUGGAACGCAAUCGUGAUCUCGUUUUAGAAUCCCAGGUUCUUGAUUUUGCUGGACCAGAAGCUUAAAUCGUUAUUUUGUGUUGCAAAAGAACAUUUCUCUCUCUCUCUCUCUCUCUUUCAAAAGGACUGGAGACCCUCCAGGUGGUUCAGUUAAUACGGACACAAUACCUUUCCAUCUCCUGCCUUCCGAAAGAAGACUUUUUCGCAUUUAUGUUGAAAAAAUGGCCAGAAAACAUAGUGUUGCCCUUCCUCUUUUUCCCCAAAUGGGCUUGUUUUAUGGCUGCCCUUAUGGGAACAUUUGUUUUCUGCCCGUGCUCUUCAUUUUAUUGAUUUCCUCUUCCCUGUGUACAGAAAGAAUUAAGGGCACAUAACAUACUCUGUUUGGAGGACCUCCUGUUUUAUAGCAGACCCAUUUUUAAAAUAAAGAUUCUUU